AUGUUCAAGAAAGCCGUCAAGGAACAUUCAGUAGCGUCGGCGACUCCGCUACAAUCCACGCUUACGCGCAGCAACAAUGGGAAUGCUUCAAUGAGACCCCCGCCGCCGUCCGCAGGGGUCAAGCGCAAGAUUGAGAUGGCUACCGUGCGAGAGUCUAAUCUGGGGUCCCUCCACGACGGUGUCUACUUCGACGAGAACGACUUUGACGACGAUGACGACCUGGACUUUGAGGAACCCGAUCCAUUCAUACCCCCGGCCCCCAUAACCAGACCGAGCGUCCCGAAACCUGAACCGCCCAAGUACCCGUCCCUCCAUGGUAUACCUGCGCAAGACGAAGAAAUAUCGAUAGUCGACUUGACUUCACCCAGCAAAGCGGCGGCGGAAGUCAAGUAUCCCGAUUUACCCCCGGUUCCAGAUGAGAGUGUCCCGCCAUCCAGCAGCAUACAAAUUCCAUGGUCAUCUUCGCCCCCCUCCCACUACCAACAACCGACCAGGAAGCCUCGAACUUUACCAUGGCUGAAAGACGAGCCGGAACCAGAACCAGAGCCUCCAUCCUUGAAGCCGCAAACGCCUAUGCGGCCGAAACAGACGGCUCCUUGGAACAAGUCAGCUAGCGCGAUUAAGGAUGAGCAAAGGGAACUACGUCGGCAGAACAAGACUAUGAAGGCACAAGCAGGCGGCCAAAUGCACAACCCUCGCACGAAAGUAGCUUCAAUCUUCCUCAGCGAUGAGCAACGCCAUGUCUUGGAUGCGGUUGUACAGCAAGGGAAGAGUAUCUUUUUUACAGGAUCUGCCGGAACAGGAAAGUCGGUGCUUAUGAGGGAGAUCAUCAAGAAACUGAGGGAUAAGUACAAGAAAGAGCCAGACAGGGUUGCGGUGACAGCAUCUACUGGUCUAGCAGCGUGCAAUAUUGAGGGUGUAACUCUCCACAGUUUCGCAGGUAUUGGACUGGGGAAGGAGCCUGUUCCGGAGCUUGUCAAGAAGAUCAAGAAGAACCAGAAAGCCCGGAAUCGCUGGAUGCGCACGAAGGUUCUGAUCGUCGAUGAGGUGUCCAUGGUUGACGGCGAUCUCUUCGAUAAGCUAGAGGAAAUCGCACGUCGCAUUAGGAACAACGGUCGUCCUUUCGGAGGCAUACAGCUAGUAGUCACCGGUGACUUUUUCCAACUUCCUCCCGUCCCAGAAGGGAGCAACCGAGAAGCCAAAUUUGCAUUCGCAGCAGCGACAUGGAAUACUUCCAUACAACACACCAUCCUCCUAACCCACAUUUUCCGUCAACGAGACCCCGAAUUCGCCGACAUGCUCAACGAGCUUCGACUUGGAAAGAUCUCACCACGAACGAUCGACACAUUCAAACAACUUUCUCGGCCUCUUGACUUCCAUGACUCCCUCGAGGCCACUGAACUGUUCCCCACACGUCAAGAAGUCGAGAGCGCCAACGGCGCCCGAAUGAGUCGCCUAUCCGGCGAAACAAUGACCUUUAACGCCGUUGACAGCGGCACAAUCCAAGACCCCCAAUUCCGCGAACGCCUACUAGCCAACUGCAUGGCACCGCCAGUGAUCCACCUGAAAAAGGGAGCACAAGUCAUGCUCAUCAAAAAUAUGGAAGACACGCUCGUCAACGGCUCCAUCGGCCGGGUCGUGGCAUUCAUGGACGAAGCCACCUUCGACUACUACAUCGACAACGAGAAUGAAUUCUCGGGAGCAGGAGGAUCAGGCAACAACAGCGACGACGAGAUCAUGGCUCGUGCACGUAAGAAACUCAAGCCCAUGGCCGCCAACAAGGACGCCAGUGGUCCCGGCGGCAUCACGCUCACCCGCAAAUGGCCCCUUGUAUGCUUCGUGCAGCCUGACGGAACGGAACGCCAUCUCCUUUGUCAACCGGAGACGUGGAAGAUCGAACUUCCCAAUGGAGAGGUGCAGGCGCAGCGUCAACAGGUGCCGCUUAUUCUGGCUUGGGCUUUGUCCAUCCAUAAGGCGCAGGGCCAGACACUGCAGCGAGUGAAGGUUGAUUUGGGCCGCGUGUUUGAGAAGGGUCAGGCCUAUGUUGCGCUGAGUCGAGCGACCUCGAAAGCUGGUCUUCAGGUUAUGCGGUUCGAGGCGCGCAAGGUCAUGGUUCACCCGAAAGUUACGGAUUUCUAUUCCAAGCUUGUUAGCAUUAGUGAUGUCAUGAAGACUUCGAAGAAGUCGAAGUCGGGUGGUGGUAAUGGUGGUGGUGAUCCCGAGGAUGAUUUUGAGCAGGAUUAUUUAGAGCAUUUAUAUGGGUGA